AUGGGCCUCUACAAAACAAGUUUAUGCAAGUUCUUUGAAGAAGGAAGCUGCUCCAAAGGCAGCAGCUGCAACUAUGCACAUGGACAAGAUGAGUUGCGUGAAAGUGGGCAGGCUCCUGGUUUCAAGACGGUCCGGUGCAAGUAUUACGACCAGGGCACCUGUAAGAAGGGCGAUGACUGCAGCUAUGCACAUGGUGAUGGAGACCUGACUCGUGACAAAUUGGAGGCAGCUCCACCCAUCGACGAGACUCAGCCUCAGCCAUACUGCCGUCGGAUCCUCAGGUCGCGAGUGCCAAAGAGGCAGUUGGACGGCUGGGCAGACGAUUCAGAAGCUGUCAAGCACCAGAAGACAGAGAAUCAAAGGCCGCCAUGCGCGUUCUAUAGAGUCGGCCGUUGCGCAAGAGGAGCAGACUGCCCAUAUUCACAUGGUGGUGAAGCAGAAAUGCCUCCAGCUCCUGUGGCAAAGGUGGUUUUGCCUCCAGCCCGUCCCACAAGCAGAUGGCAGCCUGCACGGGUACAAGAAGCUCCCGCCGCUGCAGAACCUCCGGGAGUGGGACCCUUCAAGCGCACGCUUUGCAGAUUCUUCCUUGAUGGCUUCUGUGCGAACGGCAAUGCCUGCACCUUUGCUCACGGAGAGCAUGAGCUGCAACAGCCGACGGAAGGUGGAACAUGGGUGUUUAUACCAUCCGGAGCUUCACCUACACAGAACAUGGACUACAGCAGCGUGUCUGCAAUGCCCGUGUCAUCCUUGCAGAAGACGCAGUUGUGCGCAUACUUUGAAGCCGGAUCGUGCAAGAAGGGUGCGCGUUGCACCUUCGCGCAUGGAGCUCACGAGCUCGUGCGAACAGCUGGCACGGGCAAGGUGGUCCCACCUCCUGCAAAACUGGAGGAAAAGCCUGACGAGGAAAGAACCCAAAGCUCGGAAGGCUGUGCAGAUCUACAUCGCCAGUUUCGGCACGGCCACUUCAAGACGCGCAUGUGCAAGUUCUACCUUGAGGGCCACUGCAGAGACGGAUCAGAUUGCAGAUAUGCCCACGAUGAGACUGAACUGCCAGCAGCCGUUGAUGCAGAUUUGGGAGAGGAAGAAGGUCCUUCGAGUGAAAAGCACAUCUUCUAUAAGACCAGGAUGUGCCAGCCCCACUUGCAGGGCCACUGCCAGAAGGGCAGCUCCUGCAACUACGCGCACAGCGAAGCCGAGCUUCAGCCUCCUUCUUGGGCCAAAGGUGAGCCUGGCACCAGCACCCGUUAUGGGAUCGUGGUACCCAGCCUGGCUGGCACCGAAAAGCUUAGUGCGACGUAG